AUGAAGUACUCCGCCAAGUAUCUCAGCACCGGCCUGCUCAUGGUCUCCUUUGCCAUGGCUCAGGGCAACGUUCCCGAGUGCGGCAACUCCUGCAUCCAGCGUAUGGAGGGUAAGGCCCAGGAGCUUGGCUGCACCGAUGGCGACACUGCCUGCCUUUGCCGCAACCCUGACUUCUACUACGGCAUCCGCGACUGCUCUUUUGAGUCUUGCCUCAACGAGGGCGAUGCUGAGCUUGCUGCUGCUCGCGGUCGUGAGAUCUGCAGCUCUGCUGGCGUUGCCAUCACCCAGGCUCCUGUUGCCACUGCUACCCAGGCCACUGGCACCGAGACGGUCAUUGCUACCCCCAUCGUCUCCAGCAUCUUCAGUGUCAUCACCUCUGGUGGCAGCGCCUUCUCCACCCUGAUCGGCGAGACUACCAUUGCCCCCUCUGUUGGAGGAGGCAACAGCGAGACUGUGGCUCCCACUCCCGUCUCUACCUCGACCUUCACCACGGUCAUCACCAGCGGCGAGUCCACCAUCACCUCUGUUGGUGAGACCACUCUCCUCGGCGUUGGCGGUACCCCUGGUGCCACUGGCGCUCCCAACUCCUCGGUCGUCACCACUGGUGUUGUUAGCACCAUCACCAGUGGCGGCAACAUUGGUCAGACUACUCUUCUCACCGAUGCCACCGAGUCUGCCAGUGCCACUGAGGCUUCUGAGACCCCCUCUGCCACCGAGUCCCAGUCUCCCACUGAGACCACCGGCGAGGCCACCAGCGCCUCCUCCACCGGUCUUGCUCCCAAGCAGACUGCUGGCGUUGCUGCUGGCAUCUUGGCGGGCGUCGGUCUUGCUGCCAUGCUCAUCUAA